GGUUUUGAAGGAACCAAUGAGUGCUCGGGGCGGAGAGUUUAAGAAGCUUCAGCCACUUUACCUCAGUCUGGAAUUGGAACCUGAGCGUGUACCUGCGAGAUUGCUGUGUCGGCCUGAGUCAGGACUGCUAGACCUCAAGGCGCCGCGGCGGGUGGGCCUCGGUUCCAGAAGACCGUCGAGUCUCCUUCCAGGGCUCGGCGGCCACCUAGAGCCGGGAUCCCACUCCCUGUAGACGCUGCUAUGGCGCAGUUCGUGUUUGAGAGCGAUCUGCAGUCGCUGCUUAAGCUGGACGCCCCUAUCCCUAAUGCACCGCCCGCCCGCUGGCAGCGCAAAGCCAAGGACGCCGCGGGGCCGGCCCCGUCGCCCAUGCGGGCCGCCAACCGAUCCCAUAGCGCCGGUAGGACUCCGGGGCGAACUCCUGGGAAAGGCACUUCUAAGGUUCAGACCACCCCCAGCAAGCCGGGUGGCGACCGCUACAUCCCCCAGCGCAGCACCUCCCAGAUGGAGGUGGCCAGCUUCCUCCUGAGCAAGGAGAACCAGCCUGAGAACAGCGAGACGCCCACCAAGAAGGAACACCAGAAAGCCUGGGCCCUGAACCUGAACGGAUUCGAUGUGGAGGAAGCCAAGAUCCUUCGACUCAGUGGAAAACCGCAGAAUGCCCCAGAAGGUUACCAGAAUAGGCUGAAAGUGCUGUAUAGCCAGAAGGCCACACCUGGCUCCAGCCGGAAGACGUGCCGUUAUAUUCCUUCCCUGCCGGACCGCAUCUUGGACGCUCCCGAAAUCCGAAAUGACUACUACCUGAACCUUGUAGAUUGGAGCUCUGGAAAUGUACUGGCUGUGGCUCUGGACAACAGUGUGUACUUGUGGAGUGCUAGCUCUGGUGACAUCCUGCAGCUGCUGCAGAUGGAGCAACCUGGGGAGUAUGUGUCCUCUGUGGCCUGGAUCAAAGAAGGCAACUACCUGGCUGUGGGCACCAGCAGUGCUGAAGUGCAGCUAUGGGAUGUGCAACAACAGAAACGACUUCGAAAUAUGACCAGUCAUUCUGCCCGAGUGGGCUCUCUGUCUUGGAAUAGCUAUAUCCUGUCCAGUGGCUCUCGAUCUGGUCACAUCCAUCACCAUGACGUUCGAGUAGCAGAACACCAUGUGGCUACACUGAGUGGCCACAGUCAAGAAGUUUGUGGGCUGCGCUGGUCCCCAGAUGGACGGCAUUUGGCCAGUGGUGGCAACGACAACUUGGUCAAUGUAUGGCCUAGUUCUUCUGGAGAAAGUGGCUGGGCUCCCCUACAGACAUUCACCCAGCAUCAAGGGGCUGUCAAAGCUGUGGCUUGGUGUCCCUGGCAGUCAAAUGUUUUGGCAACUGGAGGGGGCACCAGUGAUCGACACAUUCGCAUCUGGAACGUCUGCUCUGGGGCCUGUCUGAGUGCUGUGGAUGCCCAUUCUCAGGUGUGUUCCAUCCUAUGGUCUUCCCACUAUAAGGAGCUCAUCUCAGGCCACGGUUUUGCCCAGAAUCAGCUAGUUAUAUGGAAAUACCCAACUAUGGCCAAGGUGGCGGAGCUCAAAGGUCACACAGCCCGGGUCCUGAGUCUGACCAUGAGCCCAGACGGGGCCACAGUGGCAUCAGCAGCAGCCGAUGAGACCCUGCGGCUAUGGCGCUGCUUUGAGUUAGACCCUGCACGCAAGCGGGAGCGGGAAAAGGCCAGUGCGGCCAAAAGCAGCAGUCUUAUUCACCAGGGCAUCCGCUGAGGACCAACCCAUUGACACAGCUUUUUGUUUUUUGUUUUGUUUUUUAUUUUUCUAAUAAAGUCUUGUCUUCCUCUCUUCUUGAA